AUGUCGACACCCAACACGUCCGAUUCCAUUGACGCAGCGUUGCAGGAGGUGAGCGAGCUCACUGGGAACCUGUGCCUCGGUGGCAACGCCGAGGACGAAGGUCCGACGAGCAUGCCGCUCGGGCGGUACUGGCAGGAGGAAUAUGGUCGCAACUAUUCGGUGCUUGGGCGCUACGAGUCCAUGUUCCCCAGUGACGAGGACGAAAAGCACCACUUCUACCGCUUAGGAUCGUUGUUAGCUAGAGUCCUUCGAUGGCAACUGUUCCGGUGCCCGGCCUCGAUGGCCGGUGCCAAUGUUUUGGAUAUGGGCACGGGGACUGGCCAAUGGGCUCUCAACGUCGGAAGGACAGACCCGUCAUGUAGAGUGACAGGUGUUGAUAUCGCUCCUGUCGAAGCCGGCAGCAACCGGGCCAACGUCAAGUUCGAAGUCCAAGAUCUGGAGUCGGGCUGGCCUCGCCGCCGGCCAUACAGCUUCAUCUUCGGCCGACAGCUGGGUGGCUCCAUUGUCGAUUGGCCCCGACUGAUCCGCCAGUGCUACGACAACCUCGAGAAUGGCGGAUGGAUUGAGUUCCAUGAGCUGGACUCAAAUUACUAUGUCAUGCCCAACUCCACGCCAGGCCGCAAGGUCUUGGAGAUGAGCCAGCUUUUGUCCCUCGGCCUGUCCAACCUGGGCCGCAGGCUCGAUGUGGCAGAUUACAUCAGGGAGCUCCUCCAACAGCAGGGCUUCGAGCAUCUCACCCACGACCGCAUCGCGGUCCCGAUCGGCAUGUGGCCGCCGCCGCCACCCCCACACACCAAUGCCAUCGACUCAAUGAGGAACGUCGGGCUUGCUCGGAUCACCGAGCUGGAGUUCGGCAUUGAAGGGCUCACCCUCAAGCCCUUUUGCAAGGGGCUAGGGUGGACGCCUUCACAGGUGCACCUCUUCGUUGCCGAUGUCACCCGUGAAGUUGUCCUUGGGGGCACCAAAAUGGCCUCGACCCUGUGA